AUGGUCGACGACGAUAGCAGUUUGUUUGGGUUCGACGAUGAAGAUGAUGAUGAGAAGCGAAAGGAUAAUCAUGAGGACAAAAAAUAUGUACCAUACGACGAAACACUGGAAUAUCUGGAGGCCAUAGUGAAGGAGUACAUACAGGGUAUGUGCCGAUGCGCAGUACCAUACGACGAAACACUGGAAUAUCUGGAGGCCAUAGUGAAGGAGUACAUACAGGGUAUGUGCCGAUGUGCAGUCGAGUCGGGAAAACCAGGCAAAUUAACGCUCGAGGACAUACAUUACCUGAUCCGUCGGGAUAUGAAGAAAUUCGGUCGCGUCAAGGACUUGCUAUCGAUGAGUGAGGAGCUAAAAAAGGCGAGAAAACAGUUCGAUGAGGCAAAAGCUUUAUGA